UGAACAAAAAGUAGAUACCCAUCACAUGAAUGUAAAAUUUCUCUGUUUUCAUAUAUAUAUAUAUGUAAAGCAUAAUUAAUGCCUUGAGUUUGCCGUAUUUCCAUUUCUUUUUCUUCUUUGCUUGCUUCUGGUUUCUUCCUUGUGAAGUAGUGUUUCAACAAUGGAGGAUCAAUUCCCACUCAUUGUACAACAAAAAACCAUCAUUCAAAAGGAUUUUUCAUCUUCUUCUUUACAAGAAUUCGUCUCUGAUUCUUACUUUUAUGGCGAUCCAGCUCUCUGGGGCUCCAUAGUUCGAUCUUUAAAGUCUGAAAAUGGUGGUUCUAAUGGAAAUAUUGAUCAAUCAAAAUCCCCAUCUUUUUCCUCUUCUUCUCCUUCUUCUUCUUCUUCUUCUUCUUCUUCUUCUUCUAGAUUGUUUUCGGCUGAAAAAUCUGAGAUUUCUGGUGGGAAUUUGAUCGAGAACAUUCGUGGAAUUGAAAGUAAUAUUCACCCAGAUGGAGAAAGGUUCGUUCCUUUGAAUUUCUUGGAGACUUUUCCCAAACAAGAAUCUGAGUCUCUUUCUCCUUCUCCUCCUCUGUUUCAGUCUCAGACAGAUUCAACAAAUUUGACUCUGUUUCUUCCAGAACCCGCCAUUGUUGAUCCAUCCCCUCGAAACCCAUUUCAAAUUCAUGCUCAAAAUGGGCUCCAAUGGCUGAAAAACAUCCAAAAUCAGAACCAAGCCGCCGCCAUUGUUGCUGCUACAUCGAGAAAUUACAGUGAUUUCUGGCUGGGGGCGACGAAGACGCAGCCAAUGAAACAGAUUGGAAGAAAACAGGGGAAUCACAAAACAGAGUCGACGGAAACGGCUGUCGGAAAGUUGUUCAGAGGUGUCCGGCAGCGGCACUGGGGGAAAUGGGUGGCGGAGAUUCGGCUGCCGAGGAAUCGGACAAGGGUAUGGCUUGGGACCUUCGACACAGCCGUCGAAGCCGCUGUCGCCUACGACACCGCCGCCUAUAUGCUGAGGGGGGAAUUUGCACAUUUGAAUUUUCCCGAUCAAAAGCACCGCCUGAAAUCCAACUCUCUCAACCGGACCACGGCGGCGCUGCUGGAGGCCAAAUUGCAGGCGGCCACACAGGGGAAUUCCGGUAGGAAAAAACCCCCUGCCGCAACCGCGUCCACGACCAUAGCCACCAUUGAUUCUUCUUCUAUUUCAGAGAAGGGAUUAUUGCAAGGAAAUUCAAAAGUGUUGAAAUUGAGCAAGAAACAGGCGAGGUUUUCGCCGGAAAACAUGCCGGGCAGCGGCGGCGGCGGAAACGGUGGGGGAUCUGAAACAGGGGAAUUGAAGAGAAAUCAAGAUGGAAAUUUGGAAAUUGAACAACAUGUUCAACUCAGCAGAAUGCCAUCUUUGGAUAUGGACAUGAUUUGGGAUGCUUUGUUAGUUUCUGAUUCAUAAAUUUCUCUUUUUCUUUUGCGUUUCUGUUAUUUCUUUCAUUGGCUUUUCUUUGCUAUAGAGAUUAAUGCAAUAUUUUUCUUUUCUUUUUUUCCUUAAUUGAUGAUGAUUUAUUUGGAGGGUUUAUCAUUUUUUUUUGCCUUUGAAACCCCAUUUUGUUUUUCCUAUGUUACUGUAAAUUUAUUGAGUUUGGUUUCAUUUCUAUGAGGCACAUUGGUUGAUCUUUUAAAUAUUGUAUUCAAAAUGCAAAGAACAGAGCUUUGCAUCUUUUUGUAGAAGAUCACAAGUAACUAGAGAGUUUGGUGAGUUUGAAAGAAUUUUGAGAAGCUAAAAAAAUGGUUUUACACACUUCAAAGCUUAUUUUACAAUUUUCAUUAUGUUUUGUAAAUUAAUGAAAUAUAACUUAAAUUUUUUGCUCUCAAUAAGGACACUUGUGUUUAUAGCUCUCUAGUUUUUUUUCUUUCUUUUUUUU